AUGCCAGAUUAUCCUGCACAGAUGUUGCCUUGUGCUGGAGACUCUCCUAUAGCCUCUGAUGGCAUCAACUCCAGUCCUUCUACAACCUCUGAGACGCCUCAGAUGAAGGACUGCAGCAGUGGAUUGAUUCUGCCAAAUGAUGCAAAGAGGCAUCCCAAGAUUGAGCACGAUGAGACUUUGUCGUGGCAGAUUGCGAUGGUGGUGCAGGGCAUCAUUUUACAAGCUCAGGGGCAGAAGACCGAAAUGGUCAUGAACCGACACCUGCUGCAAAGAAAGGUGCACCAGACCAUUUGUUUGCUUCGUGCUUGCCAUAUUUGCUCUAAUGAUAUCGUCCUAUGCUUCUGCUACGCCUGCUCUUAUGCCCGACGAGUUUUCCCGCACAUGGCUGGACUACUGGGCGAUACUGAGGCCGUGCACAUUUACAUUCUGCUGGCAUUCCUGGUGCAAAGCUUCCUUCUCGAUGAGACCUGCCCGCUACGCGAGUGGCACAGGCACAUUUUCCGGAAGUACUGUACCCCGAAGAAGAUGGACACAGCACUCUUCAGUGUUUUUUCGAUGCUCAACUUUCAGCUCCUGGUCUCCCAUGAAGACGAGGUUCUGUCUUUGAGUGUGAUGUCAGUUUCACAUAACUUCAGUCCUUGCAGCCCUUCCUUGUACCUUGCGAUUGGUGAAGUACUUGAGGCAGAUUUUGCAGAAGACCUCAUGAUUCGGCUGAGAGCCAUCAACUGGGAGUUGGCCUCCAGAGAGUUCUCAAGCAAGUACUCACCCGAGUCAGAAAAGACAGACGACUGUGAGUACUCAGCAGAAGUUAUGUGUCAAGAUCCAUGGCGGAAGCUGGUGCUCCCCAUAUGCGCUUUCCUCAUCCUGGUCGCCAUUGUGGUGGCUGUGGUACUAGCAGUGGCUCAUAACUCAGGAGGUGUGACUCCUUCGCCCCCUUCUCCUCCGCCCAUUUUCACUGGACCUUUGCGGGCUGUGGCGUAUGCUCCGUUGCCAUGCACUACCGGCUCCUGCAAAGACAAGUUGCCAAACAAUGAUGUGAUGCAGCUUGGCUACAAGGAGCAGUGGGGCAAAGAGGGCCGCAACGAUCUGGAUGUCAUCAAGAAGCUUGGAGGCAGUGCUAUCCGUCUUUACCAUUCCUUCGGGUAUGGGCCACGAACUGACCACGGCAGUUUUCUGGAUGCAGCUCACAGCAAUGGCUUGAGUGUUUUGCCGGGAGUUGAUUCGGAUUUGGCGAUUCACAACUGCACCGACUUUGAUUGCUAUGAGACGGUCAAGGAGGUGAUCAAGACUGGAUUUUCCGUGGGGUUUGCAAAGGGCAAAGAAUGGCACCCUGCAAUCCACACUGUGAUUCUUUUCAAUGAGCCUGACUUUUUUGGCAACGAUCCAAAAUGCCCCAAGAAGGCAUCUUGGUGCCGGGUGAAGGCGGCGAUCUCGGCACUGGAUGGUUUGCUGGCGGCAGAGAAGGAGGCGAACAUCAGCGCAGGCCGUGUAAACCUUACAACCACAUGGUCCUUUGCGGCUCUUGACUCUAUCGAUGGAAAGUGCAAAAACUGCCCGGGAUACUUCGGGUUCCAGGACAUGCUUGCAGUGAUCGAGAAUGCAUCAAUUGCCAAGUACAUUCCUCGUACCCCAGUCAAAGAAAUUGCAGAUGCCUUCAACAAAAGGUGGGUAAACGCUCUCAACGUGCAAGCCCCUUGGACCUUCGUGAAAGAGACCAUCACCAAGAACUACGGUCCUUUUGGAAACAGGCCCUGGUUUAUCGGCGAAUUUGGAGAUCUUGGGCAGACGCAAGACGUGCUGAAGAAUGACAUCCAGGCCAUGCAUGAGUUUGCCAACUCCAGCAGCUUGUUCCUGGGAACCACCGUCUUCCAGCCCCUGCGAUGCAAGCCACACGAGAACCAGUUCGAUCGUCGAUCCGAGACCGUUCGAUCGUCCAUCGGUGAGUUCUUCCUUGCCGCAAUUUGCUGCUGUCACGUCAUUGGUCCCAUGAUUUGUUUGAUGAGGGAAAGCCAGACGAAUGGCUUGCACGCUCAGAUGUUAGACUCCAACACGAGCAAUCCACAGGGCAUCAUUCGUGACGAGAUAGAUGCAGCUGCGAAGCGGGCGCAAGCUGGCCAGAACUGGCAGAAUGGAGUGUGCACACCUGGUCAUGGAGAAUGUGCUGCAAAAGGGCGACACGAGGAAGUACCUGAGGGCUUCAUCCCUGGGGACAAUCUUUUGGCCAUCGAUGCGGGCUGCGGGCCAGGCCUGUGGCUUCGCGGACUCAGCCGCCGCUUCUCUCAUGUGAUUGCUCUGGAUCAAUCCCAGAACUUGUUGGAAAAGGCAAAGGAGAAUCAAGCCGAGCUGCAAGACAAGCAUCAUCACGUCGAGAUCCGUCCCGCUGUGGACCUGGGUCAGCCCUGUUCCAAGACAGAGACGGAUGGGAAGGUCUUUUGUGGGCCGGAGGUGCCUGGAACCCGAGAGAAGGCGGAUUUGGUGGCGAGCUUCAACGUUUUGAUCUCCCCGAACAAAGAAGCAAGGGAGAACAUCCUCCGUCGAGAAGCUGAAAUGUUGCGUCCAGUGCCGAGCUCUACGCUGCUGUUGUUGGUGCCGAGCGCUGAGUCUUUCCGUGCAGUGCGGGCCCUCUACCAACAGCAAGGUGGAGCGGAGAGUGGGCUCGGCCAAUAUGUCGACUAUUUGUCGGAGCAUCCAGAAGAAGAAGCGCACAACGUUUUUCGGGUCUACGCACGCACCAAGCACUACACCGAGAAGGAGGCUUGUGACAUGGUGGAAAGAGUGGGCCUUUCCUGUGCAAAAGUCAUCAGCCAUCCAAUGCGGUGGAGAUAUGUUUUCCCCUUGGCAUCAGAUGAGGCAUUGGACCAGCUAGAGAAAAGUCAUCAGCCACAAGCGCACGAGUGGAUCGUAGUUGCGCAUCCCAAAGGUGAGCCUUGGCUCUCUCGUGCUGGGGCUGACUUCCUUUGA